CAUCAAUUGUAUAAUUGUAAUCAGAGCAUAUUAUGUAAUGUUCUUGUUAAAAAUGUUACAUAUUUCGAUAAGAUAUAAAUCAUCUAUUAAUUUUAUAUGAUAAAUCGACUAAGGAACGAUGGGAUUGCAGUGGAAAUUAAUUGAGUCUACUCCAUCAUCUACAUUGUUAUUUAAAAAAAAGAAACUAUGGAUUGGAAUAAUAUUAACAAACAAUUAUUUCCAACGAUAAAAGCAACAGAUGGAUGUGAAAAUGAUAUUGAAUUGAAAAAAAAUAGUUCCAUUGUUUCGAUAUAUCAAAUUACAUCUGAUGAUUACAAGGAAUUCUUGUGUGGAUGGGGUGCUGCAGUUAUAAACGUAACAGUGACUUAUCCAAUAAAUAAAAUAAUUUUCAGACAAAUUUUAGAAGGUGUAAAAGUGAAUGCUGCUGUAAAACAAUUAUCAGAAGAAGGAAUAAGACUGUUAUAUAGAGGAAUAUUGCCUCCACUUUGUCAAAAAACACUGUCCUUGAGUAUUAUGUUCAGUGUUUAUGAAGGAAGUAGAUCAAGAUUGAAUUUAUUCACAAAAAAUGAAAUUCUAUCACAAGUAUUAGCUGCUAAUAUUGCUGGAACUGUUGAAGCAGUUUUGACUCCAUUAGAAAGAGUUCAGACUCUUCUUCAAGAUUGGAGAUAUCACAAUAAGUUCAAAAAUACAUCCCAUGCUUUUAAACAUAUUUUAACAACGCAUGGAAUUCAGGAAUGUUAUCGUGGAUUAACACCAAUUAUUAUAAGAAAUGGUUUGUCGAAUGUAACAUUCUUCAUGUUAAGAGAUGAAUCAACAAAAGUGAUAGGACGAGAACAAACUUUAUUUACGAAUUUCAUUUGUGGUGCAGUAAUUGGUGGAUUUACGAGUACCAUCUUUUAUCCAAUGAAUAUAAUAAAAAUUCACAUGCAAAAUAAAAUAGGAGGAGAGUUUGAUAAAAUGUCUGUUGCUUUAAAAGAUGUGUGGAUAGCAAGAGACCGAAAUAUUCGAAACUUUUAUCAAGGUGUGCAUUUAAAUUACAUAAGAUCCUUCGUUAGUUGGGGAGUAAUUAAUGCGUCAUACUAUUGUUUAAAGUCCAUUAUUUUUUGAUAAAAACCGAAUUUAUUAAUAAUUUUUAGUGAAUAAAUUCAAUUAUUCAAUUAGAUAAAUUCAAUUUAAAUAAACGUUAUUUCUGUGGAUGUUUUACAGAGAUUGAUAUUUUUAAUAGGUCAAGUAAUUAUUUAUUAAUUUAUUGAAAAUUUACAUUAGUAAAAUUCAUUGAUUUUUAUACAAAAUAAUAAUGAAAUAAAUUACAUAAAUCGAAUGAAUUAUUUUAAGUAAAAUUGUGAAAUACUUUUUUUUAAAUAUAAUUAUAGCAAUUUGGAAUCCUGUGUAAUAGUAAUUAGUAUAAUUGUUUAUUAAUAUUGUUAAAGAUAAACAAGAAUAUUUUAAAUAGUGAUAAUAAUUGUGAAUAUUCAAAUAAUUGCUGAAUGAAAAUCUCAUUUAUGAUAAAAUAAUUUUGGCUCCAGUACAUAAUGACUUUAUUUGUACUGGCAAACAAAUAUAAAUAUUGCAGAAUAUAAAUCAUUCAAUGGUGUAAAUAUUUAAAUGAAUAAUCGUCUUAUUUUUAUUGACAACGAAUACGAAAUUAAAUUAAGUUUGAUAAGUUAUUGUGACAUUUCAUGCAGUUGUAAAGUAUAAUGAAAGGCAUGUAUUAUUCAAGAGAAAAUGAAAGACAGUUCACAAAUGCAAAUUUUAAGUCUGGUGCUGAACUAAUUAGGAAAUUACUCUUGUGAUAACGACUUAUUCGUUUUAUUUGACAUUAUUUUUAAUAGUUUGUUAUGUAACGUAAAAUUUAACAGUUUAUAUUGAUUGUUUUGAAAUUGAAUGAUGAAUUGAAAUUAUCAACAUCAAUGUGUCAAGUGUUCUAUUUUAUUCUAAUCAAAUUUGAUAAAUGAUGUUUAAUUUUUAGAGUUUUUUAUAAGAAUUGAUUUCUAUCAAAAUUACAUUAAAUCUUUGUAUAAUUUUCAAAUGUGGUAAAUACAAAAUAAAAUAUACAUGUUGAUCUUUCAAAAAUAGUUAAUUUUAUUUUUAUACAUAUCAAAUCAAGUGAUUGAAUGACAUUUUCAUUGAAUAAUUAAGUUAUAAUUGAUAAGACAAGCAUGGAAGGAAUAAUUCAAUUAAAAUCAACGUAACCAACAUGACUAUUACUAAAUUUAUAAUUGAUAAUUAUAAAUAUUUGUGUAGUAUUGAAAAUUUAAUUAAACUCA